AUGCCAUCUUCGCCCAGAGGACUUUCCCCUCCACACCUGCAACUGCCUUCCUGGAAGAUCACACAGUCAUUUUUUGCGAAGAGAUUCAACUUCAUCCAAGAUGGGUUCAAGGCCACGUCCUCUUCCAUCUAUCAAACCAAUUUGUUCCGACACGACGCCAUUGUGGUGUCUGGAGAUGAGAGUCGACAUAUCUUCUUCAGAGAUAAGGCUCUCCAUAUGUUCGACACUUUCGCGAUCAGUGGCGGUACUACAUUCGACCCACACCAAGUCAGUGGCAUAGUCAAACGAAUCGCUUCGAUUCAACGGCCCGAUUAUCUUCACCGCGUGAUCCCACGCUUAUUGUCAGAUUGUCAGCGCAAAAUGGACUCAUGGGUCAACGACCAUAUUCUCGACCCUUGUUCUUCCCUUCACGAUGUCACCUUUCAAUUGGUCAUGCGCGUUGCUUCAUCUGAUAUCGCCAGCGAUCCCAUGCUUGUAUCCCGUCUCAAGCCACUCAUUGAUGGUGUCGACUCUGUCGCUAAUACACACUCGACUCGGUUCCCUUGGCUACCUGGCCCAGUCUUGUUCCACAAACUGUUGUGCUCUCUUCGAGUUUACAGGAUUGUUCAAAAGGUCAUUCGAGUUAAGAAAAGAAACGGGACCAGGAGGGAUGAUAUGCUACAGCGAAUGUUGGAUGACGGAGAGGGCACAGCUCCAAUUUUCUGGACCAUGCUAGCGGUUCUUCUAGCUGGAACUCGCCCGACUGGAACAAUUGCAACUUGGAUUAUCAUGCAACUCUCCUGCAACCAACAGUGGUCCUUGGCCGUCCAAGAGGAGAUCACGGCUCUUAUUUCAACUUACGCCUCCGUAUCUCGCUCGGUCUCUGGAAAAGCCCUCACGCAAGCGCUCUCGAAGAUCCCACUCAAGGCCUGGGAAUCUCAAACCCCCAAUCUCGAUCUCUGCAUACGUGAAACUCUACGCACCUCGGAGCCAUACACUGCUAUACGAAAGAACAAUGGCCCAGAUCUCAUAAUUGGCCCGUACACAAUUCCCUCGGGUUCUCUUCUUGUUUAUCCGUUCGCAGAUGUUGCGCUUAACCCGGUUGCGUAUCCCAACCCGACUCGCUGGGACCCAUCUCGAGUGGCCGUAAAAGAGACACCAUUCAUUGGUUGGGGUGCAGGAAAUCAUGCGUGCAAGGGCCAGCGACUUGGGACAUUGAAUCUGAAACUCAUGGUCGCCUGCGCUCUCAUGCGGUUUGAUAUUACGAUCGUUGAUAGUCAGGGAGCAAAGAUGAAUUCCCCCCCCUCUUCCCGAUUGGAAUGA